AUGUUUGUAUGUGCCUUGAAAUAUGCUGUCACAGCAUUUUUGUUACUCGGAGUUGCUCCACUCUACUCAAUGAUCUGGUUCCUGUUAAGAAUUCUUACAUAUUUCAUUGAGGAGAAGUACUAUGAUGUCACCAACAACUUCCUUUAUGGAACAUAUCAGAAGUACCUCGUGUUUUUCUUUGAAGUUGUGGCAGGGGCCAAGCUAGUUUUGUAUGGAGACCACAAAGAGAUUUUCAACCGUAAAGAAAAUGUUGUGUAUUUCAGUAAUCAUCAAUGCCUUCUUGACUGGGUAGUGAUGGCAAUGCUAGCUGAAAGAGCUUCUGCUUCAAAUAGAACGAGGUUCAUUUUGAAAGAUUCACUUAAAUACAUUCCAAUGUAUGGCUUUCAUUUUAAAAAGCACGGAUACAUCUAUGUGAAGAGAGGAGGACAGUUUGACUCUGAACAAUAUGUUACUCAGCUGGAUAAGUUCAACCGUCAAGAUAAUCCUUUUUGGUUAGUGAUAUAUCCAGAAGGUCACAGAUUAAAUCCAGGCAAUCCUCAGGCUAUCCGGAAAGCUCAGCAGUACACAUUAGAUCACAAUCUUCCAGCAUUUAAACAUUUAUUGACACCACGUUUGAAAGCUUUUUCACUUUGUGUUGAUGUUUUGAAGAAAAAGAUUGAUGCAAUUUACGACGUAACAAUUGCAUUUUCGUCUACUCUUUCCCAUACAACAACUGAAACUCAAUUCAUAACCAACAGACUUCCAUCUCCUUCCUAUCUCGAUUUAUUUAAAGGAGAUAUGACCAUACACAUUCAUAUGAAGCGCAUUGAGUUCUCACAAGUCCCGGUAACUAGCGAAUCCUUCAAGAACUGGAUUUUUGAAAGAUUUAAAAUUAAAGAUAGGUUUGUAUAUGUACAAGUUUGUCUUUGUGCUUUUUUUGUUAACUGGAGCAUUAUGUACAUGUGCAAUAAAUUAUUGGUUUUAAUCUGCUGA